AUGUCUCCCGCUACCGACAAAACCAUUGCUCUUGUCACUGGAGCCAACCAAGGUAUUGGAAAAUGCGUUGCGACUGCGCUUGCCACCAAGCAUAAUUACCAUGUCAUCAUUGGUUCUCGUGGGGAUGCUGCUGGAGCUGAACUCGCCACAUCUCUCCGGAGCUUGGGGCACUCUGCUUCCCACGUACAGCUAGAUCUGACAUCUAGACCCUCUGUUGAAGCCGCCGUGAAAACUAUUGAGGCGGACUUUGGCCGGCUCGACGUCCUCGUCAAUAAUGCGGGGGUACUUCUCGAUUUCAACCAGAUGGACCCCUGGGAGCUGUUUGAGCGUACCUUCCAAACCAAUGUCAUCGGCACUGCUAUGCUUACUGAGAGCUUGCUGCCUCUUCUCAAGAAGGCAGUUAAGGGUCCGCCGCGUGUGGUCUUUGUCUCCAGCAAGAUGGGUACCUUUGCCGAGUCCCUGGACAAGAGCUCUAGGUGGUAUCCAAUUGAUAUCAAAGCCUAUGACUCUAGCAAGGCAGCCGUCAACUUGCUCAUGCUCAACUACGCCCGCCUUUUGUCGGAUAUCGGAGGCAAGGUUAACUCUGCUUGCCCUGGGUUAGUCAAUACAAGACUUAGUGGGAGCCCUGAUGAUGGUGAUACUCCGGAGGUUGGUGCUACUCGCAUCGUGGAGCUUGCUACUUUGGAUUCCAACGGCCCAACUGCUACUUUCAGCAACCGGUUUGGAAAUAUCGAUUGGUAG